AUGGAUAGGGUGAAGUUGAUUCAGCAACACCUUGUGACUGCCCAAAGUAGGCAGAAGAUUUAUGUGGAUAGGCGUGUUUGUGAUAUAUCAUUUUCCAUUGGAGAGAGAGUGUUUCUCAAGGGGUCACCCACUAAGGGUGUGAUGAGGCUUGGGAAGAAAGGGAAGAUCAAUCCGAGGUUUAUUAACCCUUAUGAGGUUUUUGAGAAAUAUAGAGAAGUGGCCUAUAAAUUGGCCUUGCCUCCAAGAAUUUCAUUUGUUCAUCAUAUGUUUCAUGUAUCGAUGCUUAAGAGAUACCGGCAUGAUGAUUCUUAUCUGAUUCAGUGGGACUCGGUUUCUUUGGAUCAGGACUUAUCAUUUUAG